CUGUACAUGUGAAUACGCAUCCUAGAAACUUCCCCAGAUGUCAUUUUACUUUUUACGUUUAACCAGAGUAAACAUAAAGAAUUAAGCACUCCAGAUUCAUCGCCAAGAGCAAUACGACUGGUCAGAGUACAGAAAGUAGGUUAAAGUCAUUUCCAGAAUUUCAAAGUGAGACAUCUCUCGAACACGUGAAAGUUAGUUGGCUUCAGCAAUGCGAGAAGGACUUUGUAAGGUGGUUUGGAUCAGGAGGGCUGCUGUACUUUACAUUUUUGCUGCCUGUCACUUUUUAUGUGUUGAACUGGCAACGGCUCAACCUCCCUUAAGCAUUAUGCCGUCAGCUUCACCUGUAAAGUUUGGGAUAAGUAGAGACACUCAAGCUGAUGGAAUAAAGGCUGGCGAGUUCUCAGAGGUAACCAUCGGUAUGUAUGAAAGACUGAAAUCCAUUCCAGGUCCCCAAGCUUCAACGACAGCAACAACAAUGACCAUGUCCACAAUUCCAGCAAAAGUCGACGCCAGCCCUAGACCCGCUCCCAAAGAGAGCUCUUCGACAAUGUCUGUCGAACCAAGUAAAAAUGGCUUAAUGGUAACAUUACCUAUCGUGACGUCAUAUUUGGUCAACGUGCAGAUUACGUCAUCAAAGUCUACAGUCGUUGAUUACCUUACUCCAGAACGAGAAAUAAGAGGGACACCUCAUAAUGAAUUGACUUUAAAGACGUCAUCUUCUCCCAAGCAAGUUGUGAGUUCAUUCGAGGGUUUGAGAAUAAAGACAUCAAAAGCUGGUGAACAAAAGAGUUAUUCCUCUGUUAGGUCAGGUCUGUCAAAACAAAUGUGGCUUACCCAGGUCAAGGAGGCAAUACCAGCUUCUCCAGUAUUUGAAACUACGGUUUCCCCAAGCCUGAAGAGGCAAAGUAGCUCCCUUCCAUCACCCUCAUCUCAAACCAGGGACCAAAGGGCAUCUUGGUCAACUUUGAAAAAAGAACCCUCCUCAUUUUCAAGCAAACAAGCUUCUUCUUAUCAUAAGUCUUCGCUAGUAAAAAUAUCUCGAAACGAAUCCUAUCCUUCUGCAUCCUCAGGCACGAGGUCUUUGCGUAAUUUUGAGGUCGAGACCACUAUUGUUGUUCUUGAAAAAAUGAACUCUUCUUCACCCUCUUCCUCUCCAAUCAAAAUACCUAUGUCUUCACGAGUCAGGGAGGAAUUCACCUCGUCGAAAGUCUUAGAUUUGAAGGCAUCCUCCGCCCUCAAGGAACAAGCUCCUUCCACGACAAAGAUAUCAUUAUCUUCGUCUCCAACCAGACUAAACUCGUUCUUUCCAGCGGCUACCAGCCUAAUAUCGCCUUUUGCUACAGAAAGAACGAUUUCUCUCACCACUGUGACAAUGACUCAAACCUUAAGUAGAGGCAAAUCACUGAGCCAGACCGGUGAGUCAAUAUAUUCUCAAACAGAGGAAGGAAUGAAGUCAUCCCAAGCAGUGAAAACGGUUACGUCAUCAUACGUAAAAGGACGCAUGACCACAAACACGACAAAAGCUGCCACGCAAGUUAUCGUAGAACCGUCACCGUGGGAACUGAGCCAUAAGACAUCGUCUCAGUCCUCCAGGCAAACUACAUCAUCCUCAUUUCCACAGUUAAAAGACGACAUGAUAGCAUCACUCAAACUUAAAGAUUCUACCAUGAACGCCCUGGUCAUUUCUUCUUCACCAAAGGAGACCCUACUUACUUCCCAUAUGGAUUAUUUGAUUAGUACCUCUCUUCCUUUGACCGUCGAAGCUCUGAUGCCAUCUACACCAGCAUCAACCGAGGAGGCGAGGGCUAACACGCAGUCCUCGACUGAGAAAAAUCCGAUGUCUUCGGAAGCGAACGUCCCAGUCACAAAACCAGUCAAACAAUCAACAUCGCACACAACACAAAUGGAAACCAAACCAGUAACAGGACACCCACCCACCCACCACAGUGCAUCCACUCACCGCAGCGAACCCACCCACCACAGCAAGCCCACCCACCACGGAGAAUCAAAUGACACGCAUAAAAACAAUAGUAAUCCCGGCGGCAAGCAUGGUAAAAUGGGUCAUCCUCACGAGCCUUCUGAUGCAGACGCUUUGACUGAGGGGAAAAAAAUUAACGAAGGCUGGCAGAUUUCCAUUUACAUUGUGGUUUCUCUUAUAACUGGGAUUGUUGCAUUUGUAGUAGUUAUGGUGGUUAAAAGCAACCGCGAGAUGAGACACUUCAGAUUACGGGAAAGUCAGCGUAAACGCAAACGUGAGAUUGCAAGAGAAUUAAGAGCCGCCGCACGGAAAUCAAUCAAAACAGAAGAACCAAAGCCUCACAAAGAAAAGAAGAACGAAGACAACAGAUUGAGCUUCCUCAAACAUGACCCUGAAGAGUCCAUCCCACUCCUUGAAUUGCAUAUUACAGAUGGUGAGGCUCCUGUGCUUAGCGGUCACCUGGAGAAACAGGGACCACAGGACACCAGACCCACUGAACGAUCCCCCUCUGAUAAAGAUACAAAACCAUUGAUGGAGGAGAACGCAAACAUACCGCCUGAAACUCCCACCAUUCAAAUUGUUUGAGGGGAGGAGGACAGUAACUUUUUUGGAUUUUUUGUUUUCAUAAAUAUAAAGAAAUUUGGAAUAAGUAGUUCUAAGGUUUAAAAGUUGAUGGAAAUAAUCAGUAAGGGUGUCUACAAAAACAAUUAGCUAUUAAAACUUGAGGCCGUUUUUUUUUAAUUUUUUUUUUCCAUAUUUCUUAUGACAACUUUGAAUACUUGAUGAUUAAUUGUGUUUGAUUUUUUUUUUCAAGGUCUUUUAAUAAUACAACAGUUUGCAGAUAUUGGUGAAAUACUCUUCCCCACUGUCUAAAUUAAGAUUUUAAGGCCAAACUUUUAUUCUAUUUGUGUGUAUUUUAUUUCUCAAUAUUCUAUCAAAAUUGGAAACAAAAUUUGAAAUUUUAUAACUUCCUCAGUGGGCUGUAAACUCGCCCCGAUGGUAUUUUUGUUUGGUUUGCUUUGAAAAUAUAUACAAUUCUUUAUUCCAUUUUGCACUUGUGACUGGAAAAGUUGGAGCCAAUGUUGUAAAACAAUUAUUAUUAGUAAGAAGUAGACAUUUUUAGUGAUGGACCUGUGCUUCCAGUAAACACUUCUUUGAAGUGGCCCAAAAAUUAAAUCUAAAACUUUCUUCCUCACUAUUUAUCCGCUGAAAAUGCAUAUUUACAUUAGUACACUGUUUUCCGAAGUUUAGAAAUAUCAGUGAUUUCAAGAGAAAUGUUUAGUCUUGUAUUACCAGUUUAAAUCAAACUGUUGAAUUGAUUGUUAAAGAGUAAGACUAACAUAAAGUUUCCAACGAUUGUAGUUUUUUUUUCCCGUAAAAGAUACUCCUCGUGUCUGUUGCAAAUAAAAAUGUGACUCUUUGAACAUAA